UCUUCAAUCUCUCCCCAUAUACAGUCACAACAAGUUAAUUAAGAAUUAAGAUAAUGAAUUGCUCUUGGGUCAGUAGAGUAGUGGAGAUGCCCACAGUGUUCACUCUUAUGGCAAUAAUGUUUCUUGCCAGUUUUAUGGCUCCCAUUGUGUCAUCUUCAGCCUCCCUCAAGGUAGGUUUCUACAAGAAUAGUUGCCCAAGCGGAAGAGACAAUUGUGAGGAACACAGUUAGCAAAGCUGUUGCUGCCAAUCCUGGCAUGGCUGCUGCUCUCAUUCGCUUGCAUUUCCAUGACUGCUUUGUCAGGGGCUGUGAUGCUUCCAUUCUUCUUGAUUCAGUAUCAGGAAUAAAUCCGGCUGAGAAAGUGAGCAUGGGGAACAAGGGUGUGCAAGGCUUUGAGGUGAUUGAUGAGGCCAAGGCCAAGAUUGAAGCUCAAUGCCCCAACACUGUAUCUUGUUCAGACAUCCUUGCCUUCGCAGCUCGCGACAGCAUAUUCGAGGCAGGCGGCAUUCACUAUGCAGUCCCCAGAGGCCGGCGGUAUGGCAGAGUUUCACUUGCAAGUGAAGUCACUCAGAACCUUCCUGAUGUAUCCUUCAAUGUGAAACAACUCAGGGAUAAUUUUGCACGAAAGGGGCUCUCACUAGAGCAAAUGGUCACACUCUCAGGCGCCCAUUGAUCAAUUGGGGUCUCUCAUUGCUCUUGCUUCUCAAACCGCCCCUACCACUUAAAUGCUUCACACUCCCCGGGCCAGGAUCCUUCUCUUCAUUCUACUUUUAAAACUAGUCUGGACCCAGUUGUAGCAUUCGAUGCAGUAACCCCAGUUCGUCUAGACAACAAUUACUACAAGAAUUUGAAGAAGCACAAGGGACUGUUGACUUCAGACCAGGUUCUCUGGAUUGAUCCCUCAACAAGAAAGAUGGCGAAAGAUAAUGUCAACCAUCCAGCAGCCUGGGCAGCCAAAUUUGCAUCGGCCAUGGUGCAUAUGGGUUCUAUUGAUGUGCUCACUGGGGUGCAAGGGGAGAUUAGGAAGAACUGCAGAGUUGUAAAUUAGGUGAGGUUUUGACUACAUGAAACCAUAGAUAGAUAGAUAGAUAGAUAGAUAGAUAGAUAGAUAGAGAGAGAGAGAGAGAGAGAGAGAGAGAGAGAGAUGCUUUUUCUUAUUGUAAUGAGUCUCAAAUGUUUUGUAUUAUAUUUAUGUUCUAAUCAAGCCAGUUCUCUUCUUUUAGUUCA